GCAAACAACAAAUAUCAAAUAACAUACAGAAAUUUUAUUACAAACUUUUCACACAAUGGCCACUGAUAUUGAUUACAAUCUGCUCAAGUUUGAGACCUAUGAGGACUAUUUGCUUUCAUUCAUUAAAAUCGAGGACUAUCGCUAUUUGGGCGGCAUGCGUGCUAUACGCCGAUUUGUUAAGCUCGGCUAUCGCACCAAUGCCAAAGUCUAUGAGGAACAUGAGUAUACAAAGCUGCGCAAUCAGCUGCUGGAGUAUCUCAAUCCAAAAUUCAACUCUGCCAUCUUCUUUGGCAGCUAUCUGAAAGUUAAUGAUGCAGCUUUGGUUGCCUUAGCCGAUCGCGAAGAGCUCAAUAUGAUGAACAAAUUGGCCACAAUUAUAUUUUUGCAAGUGCGCCAGCGCAGCGGCUUCGAUCUCUCCGGCUAUAUAGACUAUGCCAAAAGCUUGCGCGAUUGCAUCUACAAGACGCCCGAUCAUACCAAUUGGCGUGGCGUCUUCGAGGGUCGCGUAGCGCUGCGGCCCAAGCCCAGCGACUUGAGCUACUACGAUUGGCACAAAGGCAUUGUUAGCCACAAUAAUACGGAAAGCUUUGAGGCCUUACGUAGCGACGAUGGUUUGAUAUUCAAGCAUAAGGGCGAUCAUAAGCUAAUACCGGUUACCACCAAGCCCAGCAUACAUGAGAAAAAUGUUCAACGCACCAUGAUACCAUCGGAUAUAUAUGGGUUUAUUAUAUUGUAUGAUCAUGUUGUGCGCUAAGCUUAAUUCAAAUAAAUAAGUUAAGUUAAAAUGAU